ACUACUUUCAGUAAUGGAAAAUUUAUGUCAAUAUUUAAGAAACAACUUCAACUUCCUUUGCAUCGGAGAAAAAGUUUUUCGAGUAUGUUGUUUAAUUAAAUUAGAACUUGUUUGCACUGAUCAAGUUUUAUUACAUAUAUUUGUUGCUCUACUUCAUCUUGUUAUUCAUUGAAUUACAACUGUAUCGAAAUACAGAUUUCAUCAAAUACAUCAAGAAAUAUGUAAAAAGUAUAAAAGGAAAUAGGUUAGGUAUCAGUUAAAAAAUACAAAACACUACUUACUACACUACUUACUAGACAAAAGAAGAAUGGCUUUUGAAAAUAAAAACUCCAUUCGUAAAAAAAACCAUUUUAUCGCAAGAAAAUAUAUUUUUAUUUUCAUAAUUGCAAUCAAAUAAUGAAUAUAUUAUGCAUAUCGAUUUCAAAUUCAUUAUUCUUGAAUGAAACAUACCGAUCUGCUGACAGUUGUGCAACUAGAUUGCAUAAAAUUCAACGAUACUGUGAAAUAUGAUACAUAAAAUGAAAGAAACUAUAUGCCAAUCAUAUAUUUUAUUUUGAAUUCUAUCAAUUAAGAGAUAUCAAGAGAUAUCUGAAUAAAAUUAUUUUUCAGAUUAGGCAUGCCCAAAUCUGAUAAUAGGAAAAAAAUCAAGAUCUUGAACUGCCAUUGAAAAUAACAGAUUGUAAAACGAAAUUUCACUUUUGUUGUUCAACCGAGCGAAUAUGUAAUUUUCAUCUUUUUCCAUAAGUCCUCAAACAAGAGCGAAUUUACAUUUCAUAAGGUCUAUUUGAUGGAAAAAUGUCGAACACGACAAGCGUAUUAGUGAAAUUGUGUAUCCUGAUGCUUCUUUAUGAAUGUGCAACAUGUCUUGUAAUCCCGGAAGAGUUGCCAACAAUACUUUCAUUGAUCUAUUCCAACAUUCCACCAAUCAAGAAAGGUACCGAUUCGAGGAUAGGCAUUGGUUUCCGGCUUGGCGAACAUGCAGAUUUUCAAAUGUUAUUUGAAUUAGGACCACAAAUGGAAACUGAACCCAUUGGUAAUACAGAUACUAAAAGACGUCGAGAUGCGAUGCUCAGUGCAGCAAUGAAAGGAGACUUGGGUCCACUAGCUCAAGCGGUGGCUAAAUAUCAAUUGGAACGUAAAUUGCGGAAAGAAUUGGAAAAAUUAGAUACGAUGGAGAAGAAGUUAAAGGUGGUUGCAUCGGAGAACGAUAAUAAGAAAACUACAGGUAAUGAAUGGUUAACGAAGUGGAGCAAAGAAAUGACAAAAUCAACCGAGGAUCAAGCAUCUGUGGAAAAUAUUUCAAGCGAAAAGAACAAAUUAUUUGUAGAAACUCAAAGGAUAGGACAAUCUCCAGAAUUAAAUAGCAAUAAAAGUACUAUUUCUGAUUUAAAGAAAUUAUACAAAUCACAAAGUGCCAUAGAGGAAAAAAAAAACUGAAGAAUUUAUUUAUAAUAUAUUAGGAAAUAUAUUUUUUUAAAUAUUUGUAUUUAAUAAAAAUUAUGAAUAAGAAUAUAUAUACGUAUAGUGAAAGUAAAUAGUGAAAAACAUAAAUUCAUUAUCAUUAAGGAAUUUAUAAAAGAGUUCAAGCAAACAGUUGCCA